GGUUGUCUGAAGGAAACACCUUACGGAUGUCACACCUCUGUACAGUCAGCAGUACGACUUCGCCUUCGGACCUUGGGUUUGUUGCUUUUAGUCUUACCGCUCUUCAGCCGACCUGUCUGACCUGGUAGGACCUUGAGGAACAGCUGUUCCAGCCAGUAUAGCUCGGUUGCUUCAUCACGAUAGGCAUGUCCGAUCACCACGUCAAGGUAGCAACAACGGUCGGAGUACUUUGUUGGGGUCCGCGUGACUGUCGUAACCAAUGGUUGGAGACACUUGGUGACAUGGCUCAGAAUCGAUCACAAUGGCGUCGGUGUAUACACUGUCUAUCUUCCCUUAAACUAUGAAAUUAAAGUCGCUUCAUAUCUUUCUUUCUACGAACUAAUUCUUUCUUCCUGUACUAUAUCCUUAUCGCAGUCUUCCUUUUAUAUAUUACCACCUCUGAAUUAACUACUUCUUUCUGAAUCCGGUGUCCAUCUUGUUGUGUUAAUGAGGUAUGGCAACUUGGACCGAUGCGUAUAUGUGCCUGGUCCUACGUUUUAGCUGACUGACUGACUGUUGACAAUCAAAAUACCAUGAGUUUCAUACGAUAUUUGUCUUUAAUUGCUUUUGUAUAACUCAUUUAUUGUUUUAAAGGAUAAUAAAGAAGGGUUGUUUAUUGGUAUAGAGAAAUAAAGUCUAUUCUCUCUUUUAUUUUAGUUCAAUUAUCUUUUAUAAUUUCUUAAAGAAAGAUCAUUUAUUUAUUUAUUCGAUUUUAACAUUUUCCUUUUUCUCUUAAUUAAAAAAAAUUGAAAAUCAAACAGAACAGAAUUUGUAAAAUUACAACAGAUCACUGUAUUAUGCUCAAAGUUCUUUCCGAAAAGUUCAAUUGAAGAAAUUUGGUUAGAAUUUCGUCAUCAUAUUUGUAGUGAUAUAUUGACUGGAGCGCCGAUAAGAUAUUUGGGUCAUUUUUUAAUUUAUACACCAUUUUAUCCAAAAUAUUUUGAUGAGAUUAGUCGUGUUUGGUUAACAGAUAUAUUUGAUUUGUGGUAUAUGCACCCUGAAUUAGGAAAUUUUCGUGAAAUUAUCCGAAUAUUAUGUUAUGUUUCUCGUAUUGGUCGUGGACGAAUCGAUUGGGAACCACAUAUGGAACGUAUAUUUACUGGUCUUUCAAGAGCUAUCACUUUAAAUAAAAAGCCAGUACAUGGUGAAUUACUAAAAAUAGAAGAUAUAGAAUUUUACGCUGAACUAAUCAUGAAUACCAUUGGUCCUGAUCGUUCAGAUUGUCAAUCAUCAGUAUUAUAUCGACUGGAGCAAUUAUUAAAAUCUGUUGAAUCAUUCUAUCAUCCGUCAUCGAGUCAAAUUGAGGCAGGGAAAUUGUUAAGCUGUUUUAUAUUGAAAUUUCUACGUUGUUUAAUUAGUCGUUUACGUGAUGAAUUAUUUCCGCCAGUUGAAGCAUUGGAUUUGGGCUACACACCGCCUGAGUUUUAUCUGUCUGUGGAACAAGUUGAUCAAAUUGUUGAUUUAUUUACACCGAUUUGUUUAGAUUACUUUUUAUAUUCAAAAUCUGAUGCUGUAGUGAAUACCACAGUGAAAAUUAUUCCACUGUUAUGUAAACUACGUCCUUGUCGUGUUAUGCCAUGUUUACUUAAUAAUCUUGAAUCUGGUUUAACUAAACUGGAAAUGCCGUUACGUUUCACUCGACCAUUGCAUGCUUUAACCUAUUCAAUACAAUCAUUAAUUUACGUUAGAUUUCCGUUGUAUCCACGUGGACCAUCAUCGUCGUCCAGUGUGUAUUCUGUCAACGAAGAUCCUGAUAAACUAGAGGACGGUAUUGAUGAUGAAUAUUAUGAUAAUGAUGACAUUGAUGCAGAAGUUGGUGAUAAGGAAAUGAAAGAAGGAAAUGAAGAUGAAAUAGUUGAUGAUGAUGACGAAGGUGAAGAAGGCGACUCAUUAACAUCAUCUUCAUCCUCGUCAUCAUCAGAUGUAGAUAAUGAUAAAUGUAACGAUACACUUAAAUACCAUAGACCAAACAAUCAUAGUUCUAAUAGACUUGUGAAUGAUACUACUGAAAGGCUUACAAUGAAAAAGCGAAUUUUUCAAAAGUCCUCAUACAAACCGGCUUACACUCAUGUUUCACCGUCUGUUCGUCAAAGUCAUUUAAAAGCCUUCACUUAUUUAUCUGGUCGGGCCGAACUGAAUCGUGUUCUACAACUUCUUUCACACGGUUUGGAUAUGAAUUACACAGAUCGAUUUAAUUAUUCUGUAUCAUGUUUAAGUCGGAUAUUCCUUUCAACGCCUAUAUGGGAUUUCUCAACUAUGCAAUUUACUAAUAACAACAAUAUCAAUCCAAAUCAUAUAACCACUGAAAGGAUAAUCUCGGAAUCAAAUGACGUAGAAGAUACUGUCUUCAUGAUAUAUGAACGUAUUUUGAGUUAUUUAUCCAUAUUAAAUGAUGAUAGUACAAAUUCUGUAAAUUUACAAAGUAUUUCACAUUUAUCGAAUAAAAUGUAUCGACCACAAACUGGACCUCCUAAUGGUCAUCCACGUUCAUAUAUAGAUACAUGUCAAAUGAGUAGAUUAAUUGGUCUGUGUGUUGCAUUGGGUUUAUCUACAUCAUCUAAUUCACAAUUACGUUGUCGAUUAAUUAGAUUGCUAGUAGAUAGAAUAUUUUCUUGUCAAUGGUCACCAGAUACAUCACGAUUAAUUGGUUAUCAAGCAUAUUGGCUAACGAUUGAUUCAUCUUAUAAUGACAAUAAUAACAACAUAAAUCCAUCAAUUUAUGCUUUGAAGUUAAUAUGGUCUAAAUUUAUGGCCAUUGUAAAUGAAAUUGAAAAUGAUGGAUCUUACAUUUAUCACUAUCGCGCAGAGCCUAGGCUUCUUUCUUUAUUAUAUAUUCUACCAGGGUUUAUUUGUGCAUUACCACCGGAAAGUUUAAUUGAUCCAACUAUCUAUAAAGAAUUUAUUGGACCAUUAAUUAUCCUACUUGGUAAAUUAUGUUAUUUAUCAACAGGAUGUCUUGUCAAACCAGAUUGGAGUCAUUUUACAUCUCUGAAUAAUAUGAAUCUAGAAUAUAACAAACUUGUAAAUGCAUGUCCUGCCUUGUCUGAAGCAUCAGCAAGUUUUCUUGCUAUGCUACUGCAUCGUUUAACAAGUUACAGUAUUGAUUUUCGUCGUUUCAAUUUACUAGACAAUAUUGUCGGUGUAGAUGAACAACAACAACAACUAAAUAAAGUUGAUGCGUAUAUUUCAUCUCCAUGGUGGAGCCCGUUUGUCAAUUUGAAAUCCAUUGUUAAUUAUUGUUACAAUCAUAAGAAUCAGAAACAGCACAGUUUUUGGUUUAAACCGACAAAAAUGACAACUUCUUUAGCUCGACAAUUAGUUAAAUCAUUUCUAAAUCCCGUCAUGAAAGAAUUAGAGAAAAUUCAUGAGAAUUUAACCUCUUUAUUACAUACUACCACUACUAAUGAUCAUAAUACUGUUAACGAAAUAAACUACAUUGAACAACGGAACCGGUUCACAUCAUUAACAAUCUGGAUGAAUCACUUAAUGAAUGGUUUAUCUGAUGCUUUAGCACCUCGUACAAAAAACUUUAGUGUGAACGAAAUACGUAUUGGACAACAUUUUAUGCCUUGGCAUGGUCUAUCUAACCUCAUUGAUCCUCAUGAAGUUUACAACGUAAUUUCAAUCGACGAUUUGCAAUCAUCUUCUGUAUCCGAUUGGGAUAUCUCUUAUUUUUAUAUGAGUAGUAAAAAUGAUACAGGUGAAGAGUUACGUGAUGCAGCACUUAAAAUCGGUUUAAAACUAUUGGAUGUGAUUUCACAAUUGAUGAAAGAAACUGAUGAUAAUUUGAUAUCGUGCCAUGACAGAACUAGUGGUGAUGAGAUUGUCGAUAAUGUUUGUGAUAAUUUGACUGGUAGUUUUGGUGAUAUAGGUGUUUCAGAGAAAUUAAAUGACUGUAAUUCUGCUACUAAAUCAAUCUGGUUAUUAUUCAAUAAUGUUCAAGUCUACAAUCUAAUGGAAUUCACCCACCAAGCUCUAUUUAAUUUACCUAUGGAAGAGCAUAGACCAUAUCUUUUACAAAUUAUACGUGGUCCACGAGGUCUAUUAUCUAUUGAUUUAGGCGCUCGUAAUUGUUUACAUUUACCAGAUCAAGAACUUUCACGUCAAAAUGAUUCUGAGAAAUUAUGUAUACCUAGUAUAAAUUCUUUAACAGGAACAUUUUGUUCUACAGCAUCAUCAUCUUCAUUGUUAAAUCAAAGUGAAUUUGAUGAAAAUUUACAAAUGUAUUCUGGUUGUACCAUUAUCACUUAUAUCGCACGUAUCCAUCAUCGUUUUUCCAUAUUAAUGUUAAAUCAUUUACGAAAACACUUGAUGCUUACAGUGAGAAAUUCCACUGGUAAAUUAAUAUCACGUUCUAUCGCCUGUUCUACCAUAAUACAACCAUCACUAGAAAUUAUGAAAUUUACAGAUAUUUUAAGUGUUUUGGCAACAUCUCCACGUCGAUCAGAUAUUCGACAACUGGCUAAUUUUUUCCUCAAUGCACAAUUAAUUAAAUUUGUUCCUUCGAUUGGUACAAGAGUAGUAGAAUUAUUGGUUAAUCGCUUAAAUAAUAUAGCCACAGAUAUAAAAUUUCUGAUGUCCUCGCCUGAUUCAUCAUCGUCUUCUCUAUCAUUAUGUUCCUCAACAUCUUCACUUGCAUCGUCUUCUGUCUUAUCUUUAUCUUCCAUUGGUUCAUUAGAAGGAAAACAAAAACUUAUACAUCAUCGACGUAUGUCUACAAUUAUCGCAUUGAAACAGAUAUAUGCACGUCACCAUUGGAAUCGAGAAUAUGAUGAAUUAUUUCGAUUAAAUCCACUUUUAUUUGUACAAUUUUGUACUAGCCUUAUAAAACAACUAAUUAAUUAUCAAGAAGAAAAAUCUAUUUGGUUUAAAAAUUUUGAAAAAAGCAGUAAUCAUAAUGGUGAUUUAGUGAACAAACCUUAUCAUCAUCAUCAGCAGCGGUAUCAGCAACAACAACAACAUCAAUUAAAACAAUUACAGACAAAUCGUGAUCAUUUAGAACAUUUAAUAAAACAAAUUCUACAUUCAUUUAAAGAAUUGCCUAUAGAUUGUAAUAUAUAUCUUUCAUUUCAUUGUGAAAGUGGUCAAAUUCCAUCUACUAGUUGGUUGAACAAAGUUUAUUCUGAAAUUAGUAGUUGUUUAAUUGCAUUUCAAUAUCCAUUUGAUAUAAAAAAAUUGAAUAAUUCAAAUAACAUUAUGAAUAUAUUAUUUCAUAACCGUGGUACAGCUGCAGCAUUGUUCAAUCGUAAUAUUUCUGAUUAUAUUAUUCGUAUACACUCAAAUGAUUAUCAACAGUUAAAUUCACUAGUGAAUGGUUCAACAAAUUCAGAAAGUACAACAACUGAUAAAAAUGCUAAUAACCAUAACGAUGGUUCCAGUACAAGUUGGUCAUUAACUGUAACAUUGUUAGAGAUAUUACGUUAUCCUGUCAGUCCACCAUUUGUACCUGUAUGGAGAUUAGAUAACUGUUCUAUACACCCACCUAUUUUGAGUCCUCCAUCUUUGAAAUUUAUUCAAAUUGCUUUAAAAUUAAUGAUUGGUGAACAGACUGAAGUUGCAUUUACUGCAUGUAGGUGUAUUUCGGAGUUGAUUUUCAGUCUAAUAGGUUUGUAUCGUAUCCCAUCACGUAAAUGUAUUUAUCCCAUACAAAUCUGUCAAGAAAAAAUGAUCACCAAUACCACUGAUUUAUCGAUUUUGCCAAAUCAUCAUCCUAAUGUUAAUUCACCGAUGAUAGCUGGGCCUCGUCCAGAUAACUUAUGGUUAUUCUUUAAUGAAAAUGCUAAAAUUUUACAAUCAGAUAAAGCAUAUGCAUUCCAUCAUCACGUUGUGUCGAUAAAUUGUGGUUUCGUUUACUAUCCUACUCAUUUAUAUAUCUACGAUCCACAUGUUAUUCUACCUUAUCCAACAUUUGAUAAAAAUGGACAAUUAAUUGCAGAAAAACCAUUAAAUCAAACUAAUUUAACUACUACUAUGACUGUUUCAAAUGAUAAUUCAAACAACAUUGCCUCAUCUAAACAACCAUCAUGGUUAUCUCAUUUCAUUAUUGAUGAUGAUGAAAAUGACAAUAGACAACAGACUGCUUGUUUAUUGGCGAAGAAAUUAUGCAGUCCUUUGAGUGAAACACGUGAAUUUUGGACAUCAUUAGCCAAACAAUUACUAUAUAUGCAUAGAUCUCAUUUUGAUAAACAAGGUUACUAUACAUUCAUAACACAUUAUUUAAUUAGAUCAUGUUUAUUGGCUUUUGGUCCGAAAAAUAUGUUGGAACAUUUAGAAUAUUUUAUGAAAACCUUACUUAUCACAUUACCUAAUUCUAAAUUACCAUUGGAUGGGAAAGCCGAGUUUAUUGGUUUCUAUUGGAUACAAGUUGUGUUGAGUGAUAUCGUUAAUAUUAGUUCAUUAUGGUCACGUCAGUGGAAAUACUAUUUUUGGGGUUGUUUCAUACCAAGAAUAUUGUGUUGGUCAGAAAUUUGUGCAUUAAAUGUAUCAGUUAAUGAUUUGGCUCAAUCGGUUGAUGAAAAAUUACAUCCAGCUGUAAGACAUGUUCAAUGGACGAUGCCAAUUUAUGCCGGAAGAUUUGCUGGAGGAAGAGAUGAUGAUGAUAUUACAGCCGACUGCAGAACUCAUUCGGAAGAUGUAAACUCAAAUCGUAAUCAUUGUGAUAAAACAUUGUUAUCUAACACUGUUAAACAAUCAUUAGCUGGUGGGCCGUUUCAUCGUAUUCAUUUUAUUUCUUACCAUUACUUGUUCGUGAUACAUUGAAUGUUUUACGAUUAAAAAGGAAAAAAUUGUCAGAAUCAAGCUUAAUGUUAUCGGUAGCUCCACCUGAACAAAUUAAUUCUACUAUUAUUCAAGAAAUUUACAAAAAUAUGAAUACCAUUGAAGUUACAACAGACAACAACAAUCAUGAUGAUAAUAAUAAUAGCAAUGUAAUUCUCAAUAAUUAUCGUCUAGCUGAAAUUAUAGUAUUAUCCAAUCGCUUAUAUUGUUUAUUUUCAUGUUUAAGACUUCUCUUAAAUUACAGUUGUCCUACAUUUAUCCCAUCAUUAUCGUCAUCAUCAUCAUCAUCAUCAUCAUCAUCAUCAUCAUCAUCAUCAUCAUCAUCAUCAUCAUCAUCAUCAUCAUCAUCAUCAUCAUCAUCAUCAAUAGUAAUAAUAAAUGAUGAGAAUUUCAUUCAAAUGAAUCAAUAUCAAUAUGCAUUUUUAAGUCGUACAAGUAUCUGUUGUUUAUUAGCCCCAAUUGUAGCCGAUAUGUGUUCAAUGGGUAAUUCAUAUGAUUAUUUUACAACUGCAUUAAAUAUGAAAAUAUUUUAUCAUAAUUCUUAUUUAUCAAAAAAGCAAAAUUAUACCAAAAUAGAUGAUGAUAUGAAUGAUGGUUUAAUUUGUGCAAUCUCUUCUUAUUUAAUCUAUUUAUCUGCAUUACCUCUAUCAGGGCAAGGUCAAUCUGAUAUUAGUAAUAUUUUAUCAUUUAUUGAGAAUUUUUUAAAAUAUUUCCUACAACAUGUAUCAUGGCGUACACGUGCUAUAGGAUUAUUAUUGUUAAGAAAUCUUGUAGUAUUCAAUUUAGCAGCAUUUCAUGCUCCUGAAUGCAAUUUAUCAGCAGUGAAUGUUACUACUACUUCUACAGCCUUGGAUAAUUCUGUGAAUAAACGGUUGAGAAGUAUUUUAUGGAAGUGUCUUAAUGAUUCUUUGAUUGAAGUUAGUCAAGUUGCUAUGUUUGUCCUGGCUAUAUUUAUUGAAGUUGGUGUGAUUAAGUAUGAUAAGAAAUGGAUUAGUCAACUGAUGAGACAAAUCAAUCGACCCCUUCCAAAUCAGUCAGUUAUGCAUAUCAACCAUAGCAAUGAUAGUACCAAUACUCAACCAACUAAUUUUUCAAACAAUAAUAAUCAUAAUGAAUAUUCCAUUGCUUUACGUGAUCGUUAUGCAUCCAUUUUAGCUUUAUGCUCAUUUGUUCAUGGAAAUCCACACAAUACUCCUGAUUACUUACCGCCAAUUAUUUCAAAACUUGCUGAUCAUUUACAUGAUUCACAAUCAAUUAAAAAAGUUAUUUCAUCAACUCUGUCGUCUUAUUCACGUACUCAUCAAGAGGUAUGGCAUGAACAGUCGUUGAAAUUUACACCAGAACAAUUAGAUAAUUAUAGAUAUGUUAUUUCAGAUGCUUCUUAUUAUGUUUAAUUGUGAAAUGAUCGCAAAAAUGUUGCAGUACAUGUUGAACAGUAGUGAAGCAGGUACAUUUGUAUUGUGCAGUAAACUUUUCUCAUUUAUUUUCAUUAUUAUUUCUCUAGUUUAAAUGUAAAACACUGAUAUUAUGUCAAGAGUUUGUACGAAAUAUGUACAACACUGAUUCUUCUGUAACUCUACUCUCUUUCACUGACUGUAAUUUUUUCUGUAUGAUUUGAUUGUAUCAAUGACGUCUGUGAUUGUUUAAUUUUGUUUUUAACUUGCUGAUAGAAUAAGUUAUUUCAUGAAGUAUGUGUAAACAAGUAGUUUAUACAUGGUAGACAUUUGUUUGUUUGUUUUACGGUAGAUGUAAAUGAUUCAAUGAAUAAAUAAUGUAGACUAUUUGUUGAUUAUUUUUUAUCUUAACUCUCAUACUAAAUUAAUUACUAACUUUCAUUAAAUAUAACAAUUAAUUGUAUUUAGUUAGUUAUUGCUCAGUAACAAAGUUUUGAUUUAUAGACUUAACUUUAAGUCAUUUAUUUUAUAAUAAUACCUGGUUUACUUAAAUUAACGCAAUUAUUUACAUUGUUG